AACAUAAAUAAAUAAUCAACGAAUUAUAAAUUCAAGAGCCAAGUCGGUGAGAUCUUCACGCACAACACACACUAGCAGCAAAACCAGUAAUGGGAACUGCAGGAGCCGUCAUCUACAGUGCUCAUCUCAAGAGUAACACUACAUGUUUUAAUUGCUUGAGCUCACAUCCCCAGCCGACAGCGCUAUUGCGCAUUGAUCAGACGAAAUCAAGGUCGCUAGUCUUCUCGAAUAGGAAAGGUUUGAAGAAAUUAAGCGGAACCAUUUGCUCAGCCGUCGAAGAUGUCACGAAGAAGCAGAUGGAACUCGGCGGCGGCAGCUUGAUUGGCGUUGCUGAAGAUAGAGCCGAGUCUAGUGAUAAGGCUGAGAAUCCUUUCUUGGAGAAUGAGUCAGAUGAUAAAGGAAAUUUUAUUUACAAUUUCCUUUACCCUAGUAAAGAGCUUCUCCCAGAUGAUAAAGAAAUGAGUAUAUAUGACCAUCUAGAGGAGUUGAGAUCGAGACUCUUUGUAUCGGUUUUGGCUGUUGGAGGUGCUAUGGUUGGUUGUUUUGCAUUUUCAAAGGAACUCAUUAUGUUCCUUGAAAAGCCGGUGAGCGCACAAGGUGUUCGCUUUCUACAAUUAGCUCCCGGAGAAUUUUUCUUUACAUCCCUGAAGGUAUCAGGAUACUGCGGCCUUCUGGUGGGCAGUCCCGUAAUCCUCUACGAGAUCAUAGCCUUUAUUCUCCCAGGGUUGACUAAGGAUGAAAGAAGAUUUCUGGGGCCCAUUGUCCUAGGGUCCUCAAUUCUUUUCUAUAUAGGCAUUGCCUUCUCUUACUAUGUUCUCACCCCAGCAGCCUUGACGUUCUUUGUUAGUUACGCAGAAGGAGUUGUUGAGUCAUUGUGGUCCAUUGACCAAUACUUCGAGUUUGUCCUCGUGCUCAUGUUUAGUACCGGAUUGUCUUUCCAGGUUCCGGUUAUACAGCUUCUUCUUGGGCAAGUUGGGUUGGUUUCAUCCGAGCAAAUGUUUUCGAUAUGGAGAUACGUGGUGGUGGGCUCAGUGAUCGCAGCAGCUAUACUCACGCCCUCAACAGAUCCUCUUACUCAAAUGCUCUUGGCCGGGCCCCUUAUGGGUCUUUAUUUAGGUGGUGCGUGGACGGUUAAGCUUCUUGGCCGAUGACUUGGCCGAUGAUUUUUCAGCUCACACAACUACACGUUAGCAAGACAUUGGUAUAAAAAGUCCCAGAAUUCAGCUAUGCCUCUAGUCCAGUUUGUUGUAUCGUGUUGUUCCAUUGCUUUUGCUUCAGUAUUCUAGUAGUGCUAUUAUGAGCUUAGAAUUGCACUUGAUCUUGUUAAAUUGGAGUACUCUGUGUCUGUGAUUCAAAUAAUCUGUCUCCAAAUAUGGAGCCUCUGUUUUUGCA